AUGUGCCGAAAUUUUACAGCAAUUACUUGCGAUUCGUGUAAAUCAUUUUUCAGGAGAACUGCACUUAAAAAUAAGCCGUUUAAAUGCCGUUUUGAGGGCACAUGUAAUAUAACUCUCGGCUCAAGAAAGUCAUGCAAAAAGUGUAGAUUUGAUAAAUGCAUUGCCGUUGGGAUGAAAAAAGAAUGUUUGAGAGAUGAGGAGGAAAAUCAAUGGCGAAGACAAUCGGCUAAUGAAAGGAAACUAAGACAACAAAUACAGGAAGAGAUGAUUGUCUCAACAACUAAUUAUCACGGAUUAAAUCAAUUGGAGUCAAACCGUAUAUCAGAGCUGUUCAACGCGUCCCGUGUUAUAGACGCAAGUUAUCCGACGCCUAAAAAUGUGGUCAAUUUAACCGAUAGUAAAGUUUUGCUCCGUUUUUCGGGAUCCAUAGCUGAGGAUCACAUCAAAAAUAUUGUCACUUUUCUUAAAGGCAUAAAUGGUUUUAAGGAAAUGUGCGAACAUGAUCAAUUUGCCAUCACCAAGUCAAUUCUGGUCCCAAAUUUACAAAAUGCAAUUCGCAUUCAAUUAGGGCUAUGGUCUGAGGGAACCUAUAAAAAUGUUAUGGAAACUAACUUAAAGUCAUUUCUCGCCAGAUUUGUAUCACUGGUACAAAAGGACGUGAUUUCAAAACUCGAACAACAACUGUAUAUAUAUUUACUGCAAAGAUAUCUACUAUUAAAGUGUUGGUCGGAAUCUGAAGCCCAGACAAGACUACAGAAUCUGAUAAAUUACGGCUCAAUCACAUGCAAAUCAUGUCGAGUGUUUUUCUGGCGCGCCAUCACAAACAAUAAGGUAUUAAAGUGUCCGUCAAAAGGCACGUGUAGUAUAGAUAAGGCGUUUCGUAGCAUUUGUCCCAAUUGUCGGCUAAACAAAUGUUUUACCGUCGGAAUGAAAAGAGAAUAUAUCAAAAGUAAAGAGCAAAAUGAGACCAAUAAUUGUCAAAUGAAUGCCACAAUCAAUAGGAAAGGUGUCGAUUGCACUGAUAUUAUAGCGUUUAAAAACAAUGAUAACAACAAUAAUUACGAUAAAAUUGAAGACUUAAUUAGAGAAACACUGAAUAUUAGUACCGAUGGACUCGUGGAGAAAAUGACUGCAAUUGAAAACUGUUUACAAACCAAUCGUAUGGACACAAAUAAUGAGCUAAUAUCAAUAAACAACAUAUACCGUGGUAAAAACAAGUGCCACGACUCGACCCUAAUGCCCAUAAUCCCUGUCCUAACCGAUCACAAGGGCUGGAAUCAAAUGGAGACCAUAAAGCUGUCGGAACUGUUGACUUCGUCCCAUGUGUUCAGUUAUCCGAUGGCCGACACCAGACAUAUCAUCAGAGAUAAGAAUAGUAUAUCGGAUGUAGUCAAAUUCACCAGGGGCCUUAAUGGUUUUACAAACAUCUUGGCCGCCGAUCAAUACACCUUGAUUAAGCAUGGUUGUUUUGAGCUGUUGACCCUGCGCUAUCUUGUUUAUUACGAUCACCGCACUGCAGUGCAAAAAUACAACAAACGGACUGCGACCACAAAUGGCAAUCUCAUUUCUUCCACGUAUAAGAUAAAAAUGGGCUCCUCGUGCGCCAACCUCUACGCCUUCUACGCCGACGUACACAUUAGCGUCCAGGGAGCCUUGCAUUUCGGUGCCAAUGCUAUUUUCGUCACAGUGAAAGUUCUCCACCGCAGAUGCGCCCAGUUCCGAGCCAGCAAUAGCGCCAACCACACUGCCAGUGAUAGCACCUGCAACUGCGCCCACUGGGCCACCGGGGGCGCCAACCGCUGCGCCUACCUGGGCACCAGCGUAGCCCAACGUCGCUGCCCCACACCACUCUCCACCAAUACAUAG